AUGAAAGAUAUGGAUGCUCGAAUGAGCCAAAUGGCAACUGCUAUCAACCGCGUGGAGUCCUACGUUUAUGAGAAAUUGUCAUCGCAAUCCGAGGCAAAUCUCAGAAAUAUAAGUGCCAUGACACUGAGGAGUGGCAAGGAAGUGGAGGGACCUAAAGUGAAAAAUCCAAAGAGCAAAAAUGAGGAGGAGAUAGAAAAAGAGAUUGAAGAGGAAGGGCGCAUUCGCGAAAAUCCUAAGGUAACAUUCACUCCUUCACCUCCUAUUAAAUCUAACUUACCUCCUUUUCCUUGCAAGUUGGAGAAAACAAAGAAGGCAGAGAAGGAAAAAGAGCUUUGGGAUGUAUUCAGGAAAGUGGAGAUCAACAUCCCAUUGUUGGAUGCAAUCAAGCAGAUACCAAAGUAUGCCAAAUUUUUGAAAGAUCUGUGCACCCACAAAAAAAAGGUAAAAGGAGAUGAACGAGUGACAGUGGGAGAAAAUGUAUCAGCAAUACUCCAAAGGAAACUCCCUCUCAAGUGUGAGGACUCAGGUAUGUUCACCAUACCUUGUAAAAUAGGAGAUACCCCGAUUAGGAAAGCGAUGUUGGAUUUUGGGGAGUCAAUUAAUGUUAUGCCUAAGACUAUUUACGCCUUUUUAAAUCUUGGGUCAUUAAAAGGCACAAGUAUUAUUAUUCAACUAGCAGACCGUACCAACGCUUACCCAGAGGGGUUAGUUGAAGAUGUUUUGGUACAGGUCAAUGAGUUAGUUUUUCCUACAGAUUUUUAUGUCCUAAACAUGGGGGAUGAAAUGUCACUAAAUCCGUCACCUAUUUUGUUAGGUAGUCCAUUUUUAAGCACUGUUAGGACAAAAAUAGAUGUAAAUGAUGGUACUUUGUCAAUGGAGUUUGAUGAAAAUUGA